GCACCAGGACAGGAUCAACAUGGCCUCCUCGCCCCGGACCGUGCUGAUCUCGGGCUGUUCCUCUGGCCUCGGCCUGGAGCUCGCUGUGCAGCUGGCUUGGGACCCCAGGAAGCGCUACCAGGUGGUGGCCACUAUGAGGGACCUGGGAAAAAAGGAGAUGCUGGAGGUGGCUGCAGGAGAGACCCUGGGGAAGACACUCACUGUGGCCCAGCUGGACGUGUGUGAUGAUGCGUCUGUGGCCCAGUGUCUGAGCCACAUCGAGGGCGGGGAUGUGGAUGUGCUGGUGAAUAAUGCUGGCAUGGGCCUGGUGGGGCCCCUGGAGGGGCUCAGCAUCACCACCAUGCAGAGCGUCUUUGACACCAACUUCUUCGGGGCUGUGCGUCUCGUCAAAGCAGUGCUUCCAGGCAUGAAGAGGAGGAGAAAGGGCCACAUCGUGGUGGUUAGCAGUGUCAUGGGACUGCAAGGUGUCAUGUUUAACGAUGUCUAUGCAGCCUCCAAGUUUGCUCUGGAGGGGUUCUUUGAGAGCCUGGCCAUCCAGCUGCUUCAGUUCAACAUCUUCAUCUCCCUGGUGGAGCCAGGCCCGGUGGCCACUGACUUCGAGGGGAAGCUGCUGGCUCAGGUGUCCAAGGCUGAGUUCCCGGGCACUGACCCUGAGACCCUGGGCUACUUCCAAGACCUCUACCUCCCAGUCUCUUCUCAGCUCUCCUGCUCCGUGGGACAGAGCCCAAAGGAUGUGGCAAAGGCCAUUGUCAAGAUCAUCAGUGCCACCCAGCCACCCCUACGCAGACAGACCAACACCCGCUACGUCCCACUGAUGGUGCUCAAAGACCUGGACCCCUCUGGUCGCCUGUACGUGCGAAUUGCCCACCAUCUGCUCUUCCGCUGGCCUCGAAUCCUGCACUUCAGCCUUCACUGCCUGGCCUGUGGCUGCCACCCAAACCGAGUGUGGCCUCGAUGAUCAGAGCCUCACUGGAUCCUCCCCAGCCUUGAACAGCACUGGGGAUGAAACUCAGGCCCUUCACACUGAACCACAUCCCCCGACAUUUUUGUAUUUUUUGAGACAGAGUCCUGCUAAGUCACAAAGUUGUCCAAGCUGGGCUGGAACUUGAGAUCCUACUCCCAGAGUGCUGAGAUAACAGGCAUGGGCUUCCACACCCUGCUAGCCAGGCACUCUUUGGUCCACACUCAACUCAACGAGCCAUAGGGACUCUUGCUCCUUCAUUCAUAAAUUCAUUCAACAGCCCAUUCAUUCAUAAAGUCAUUCCGCCGAUUCUGCUCACCUGUUCCGUACUUGGCAUUCCUGAAAUCUCAGCCCUUCUGUGGUCAGGGCUGCAGCAGAGAGAGGGACCCUGAGCAGGAAGCCAGAGCCGGUCGGGGAAGGCCCAGGGCAGACUUCCUGGAGGAAGGGGCUUUGUCUCCAAUCUCAAAGAAGACAGACAAAUUCUACUUCAUCCAACCGCAGGACCUCACAGCCUGAGCCAGGAAUGCAGGGAUGAUGGACACUCAGCUCCCCACAUCACACCCAGAGUGGACCCAGGGGUCAAAAGUUUCCUGGUCAGGGCCGAGGAUUUAGCUCAGUGAUUCUACCUCCUGCCUCGCAAACGCAAGGACCCGAGUUCGAUCCCCGGUACCAAAAAAAAAAAAAAGUUUCCUGGUCACAAACCAGAGAGCAAGAUGUGCUGCACACCAGCAAUGCAUAUCCAUUGUUCCAGGAAAUACGAGUGGUAGUAAUGAUAAAUACAUAAUAAAAUGGAAUCUCUCCUCCUC